GGAGGUAAUGAUGGCAUAAGAUCGCGCUGCUCCCCUUGCUUGGGAGCGAGAUUCGCCACCCUCAGAAUCCGAUUCUAUAUAUUACCAAGAUGGGCGAUCACACAGCGUUCUUCUACGGCACAUUGAUGGCCCCAGAAGUUCUUCACCGUGUCUGCUAUGGCCCUGGCGCUGUGGGAAAAGACCCUGCGAAGACAUUUCUCGCAUCCCAACUCUCAGUCCAACCCGCGAUUCUGCGCGACUACUGCCGACACCGAGUCCGCGGAUGCGACUACCCAGGCAUCGUCCCUGAGACCGGGCAUACAGUGCGAGGGACAUUCGUGACUGGGUUGACGGACGGAGAUAUCUUCCGCCUAGAUGCAUUUGAGGGGAACGAAUACGAGCGGAUCAAGGUCAAGGUCGAGCUGGUUGAAGAAAGCGGGAGGUUUGUGGAGGCUUCGACGUAUAUGUAUACUGCAGGGGAGGAAUGCCUCGAGAAGAAGGAGUGGAGUUAUGAGGAGUUUCGGCGGGACAAGAUACAUCGAUGGGCUGAUGACAGCAAUGAAUAUCAACAGGUUGAUGACGCAGUCGAAGGCGAUCCAACUGGAGGCCGGCAUAUCAAGACAGACAUACAUGCGAGCACCUACACAAAGCUCGCCGAGGACAAGAAGGUUCUUAAUGCCACAGUUUAGACAUUGGUCUCCCAGCACAUCGGUUUACUGCAGAUUUUGGAAUAGAUCACUCGAUUCGGCAUAACGGGGUUACAUUUUCUAGGGAGAUCAUAGACUAUAUUCGGUGGGGGUUGUUAGGACUCGACCAGGGUAAUAAUCGGCGACUCCGUUCCCAACAGAAUGCAUUCAGACAAGGCCCUCGUGAAAAUUCCGUUCGCUGGAGGUUUUUCUGCACGCUGGGUCGGGGACUCUAAAUGACCGCCAACACCGUCAUUCAUGUUCGGCAGCUCCUUGAUCAUAAGGUUGUAGUGCGUCGAACUUCGUGAGAGAAUCAUGCCAGAAAAAUGAUUGACCGACAAUGAAAGUUAUUGUGACAUUUCUUGAACUGGAAGGCCGGCCGGUUAGUCAGGCCUGG